CAAACCAGGAAGCCAGAGCUGCGAGGGACUUCAUGCCCAACAGAAAGGACUGUUUCCACCCCAAAAAAAAAGCUGAAACAGUCCAGAGAAUUGUCAUUAUUAACCUUCUGAGGAUCUUAUUAACCCCUGUCGGUGGCUUGAGAGCGAGUUUAUUGGAGGUGCCAGCAUGGUGAUCAUACAGGAGGGCACGAUGGAGGAGGUUCCACUGGGCGAUGAGGAGAAUGGCAUUGAGUAUAAAGUGCUAAUGGCGUAUGCCAAGCGCCAACUGUCAGAUAGUAGGUACCAGCGACUAGUGAAAACUAGCAAUCCCACACCAGCAGAAGGUGCCACCGGGCAUGGGGCCACCAGCAUUGGCACAGGGAGCCAAGGAAUCCAGUCUGCGGCGGGCAAGAAACAAAAGGGACGAAGGAAGAAACAGAUACGUUUGGGCAGAUUUAUACCCAGUUGUUUAAGGGCAGAAGAGGAGAUGGGCAAGAAGAAGAAAGACAAGGCUCCUGCAGAUGCAGUGGCAGUGGAUUCGGACACCAGUCGUGCCAAUGCAGUCGCCCGGCGCCUACAAAAGAUCCUCAAGUCGCUCUCCCAAACCCAAAAAGUGGAAUUUCGGAGCUUCACCCGGGAAACGAGUAUAGAGGCGGACGGAGAUGACAACUAUGAACAGUUGAUAAAGGAAAUUGCGCUCUUUCUGCGUUCUUCUGGCGACCAACUAGAUGACCAGAUGAGGGCAGAGCAGAAGGAGAAGAUCAGUGGCGCGUGGUCUUAUGGUUUCUUCCGAAGACUGACCGAUUUUUACCUGCAAAUCUCUACGUCUGGCCAAACGGAGGAGGCCGAGAUACAGAGCAAUAAGGUGGCCCUGUGCAUCGAUGCCACCACCAGGCUGACUGCCCUGGAAAGCUUGCCCGCCAACAAGGUGAUGGUAUAUGGGGCGAAAUACCUGAAGGAAAAAUAUGCCCCUUGGAUUGAAGCGCAAGGCGGAUGGGAAAAGGCAAUGGGGAUUGAAGAGGAACUGGACUGACGGACUCUAGACAGAACUACAGGACGUAUCUUUUACUAUCGACUAUAAGCCAUCUACUACAGGCAACGUAGGGGUUUCAGCCAAUAAAAAUUAUAUGCGUAUAUAUCGUACAAAUGGACGUGUCGGAUCAUCCAAGCUUCCAGUUUUAAUGAAUAUGCCAAAAAAAUAUGAGGAUUGGUCAAUAGUGGAUGUCCUGGUGCCCUUCCCUGACAUUUCGGUUCCCUAUUGGGGAAGGGAAGCAAGAUGCCUGGAGGGAGCUCUGUCUAAUCAUGUCCAGGAUUGUAUUGCUUCUCAACAUCAUCUGCUGCAGUGGUGGAGCCAAAACAUGCCACAAAUUGAACAAAAAAAAAAAAAAGUACUGUCUCUUUAAGAUGUGCUCAGACGAGCAAAGGCCUCACUUCCUGCUUCUGUGGCGCCAUCUGCUGGCAGGUGUAGUUUAUUACAUCAUCGAGGCAACUCCUGAGAUCACCGAGAAACUGCUGCUACAUAACAAACAACUAGAGAUCAUUUAUGUUUAUUAAUGUUGUUAUAGAAAGUGAUUUAACCCUUUCCGUGCCGGCAAUAUGGGGGUCCAGCAUUGAAAACAAUGGGAACCAAGAAACAUAUAUUUCCAGGACAGUAUCGUCGAUGCUACCGCCUGUGGCAUGGAAGCAGUUAAAUGUUAAUAAGAUUUAGAAUUAAAAUAGAAUUAGAAUAGAUCGCUGACUCCGCCCACAGGUGUGAGGGGGAGGGGCAUUUACCAGCAUUUCUUUACUCUUUGCUGCGCUUUAAAUGUUAUUAGGUCCGGGCAGAGAGGAACAUUUCAUUGGGGCCCCAAUCUCGGAUGGGGCCCUUGGUUUAGGAAUAAAUAAAUCUAAUAAUUUUUUUUUAUUUUUUAUUAUUUUCAGCAUCACUGUCCUACUUGUUAUAUAGGGGGUGGGGGUGGGGUUCAGAGGCUGUAGACACUUUUUUUUUUUGUUUUUGCUUUAAGGGGGAUAAAGACAUUCCUCUGUGUCGCACCAACAUAAUUGUAAAUCACAGCGGAAUAAAUUAAUAUAUUCAUUAAUUGAACAAAAA